UGUCCAAGAUGGCCGCUUUUAUUUUGAUAUUAGUGUUUUGUGUCUUAUUAAAUAAGACACUAUCGCAACCCUGCUACACAACAGAGCUGCCAUCAGCGCUAAAAUUACCAUUAGAUAAACCGUACGCUACUUCCAAGAACGAUUUCAUUGUAACCUUCAACUCUUCACCAAUAGAACCAAAGUUAACUGUCACUGUUCCUCACAAUUAUGUUCCUGAAUGUGCACCUUCAAAGGUUACUUGUACACCUAUAAUUAAGUCUCUAGUUCCAAAUCAAGAUAUACCAAAUCUAACUUCAUUUAUACCUUCUUCAGAAUGUUCAGCUCCAAAAGUCGCUGCAACUCCAGAAAUUGCCUUAAAUCCUUUUGUAGAUUCUAGUUGUACUUCUACGGUACCUGUUUCUGAAUCCAUUCCUUCUAAAAAUACAUAUACUACAAUUUUUACAGACUCCAGUUUGCCCUCUAUACAACCUGAAUAUACUACAAAUAUAACACCUUCAGUUGCAUAUAUGCCCACAUCAGCUCCCAUUUCUGAACCUUUAUCGUCAGAAGCAAAGAUAUCGUCUUUAUAUAAUGUACCACCAGUAAUAUACCAGAAGACAAUCCAAGAUAACAGCCUAGCUAUGUCUUUAUCCAAUGUAUUACAACUAUUUGUACUCGACAAAAUAUUACAGAGAUUAUCUCCUACACCUUGUCAAAAUUCUAAAUCAUUUGAUUCGAAUAUUUAUUCUUCUUACUCUGAUAAUGUUCCUGUAACUUUUAAUAAUAAUUUUAAUCCAUAUUUUGUACCGCAAAUUGAAAAUGGCGUAAUCAAUACUAAUUCAUAUAAAUAUAUAGAAGAACCAACUAAUUUUAUACCAUGGAAUAUCGAUACACCUUUGCCUUGUUCUUAUAUUGAGGAUACACCAAGUUAUUAUGAUCAUAAUUUGAUAUCUACAAACGUUUAUGAUAUUUCUGAAGAAAUCUCUAAUCCUUACAACAAUAUACAAAUGAUUCAUAAUCCAAUUGACCCUUAUAGCGAUUCAAACGUAUAUGCGUACCCUAUUGUGUAUGAAAAUAUUGCCAUCCUUCCAAAUACACACGUAGAUACAUAUACUAGUGAAUUAACUGAUUGCAUCAAUACAGAUUUACCUAUAGAAUACGAAAUAGUAGAAGGUAUAAUUUCGAAAUCAGUAACUUACGAUAAUUCUAAUGGUAUGUACACGCAUUUAGAUCCUAUUUACGAGUAUGUUUCACCACAAAGUGUUGAAACUAUAGAAGCAUUACCUUUACCUUUUGCGGAGUCAUCUUAUAACUUUGUUAACACAAAUCCUAUAAUAUAUGAUUUUGUCAGUCCUAUUUUGACAAAUCCUUAUAACAGUCCACAAUUGUCUCCUGUUUCAUCACAAUAUCCUUCAUCAACGUAUAAUGAAAUCAAUUCAAUGCCAUUGUGUUUGGAAUUGUUAAUGCCUUCGUCAAUACCAUUGCAACUAGCUUGUAUCUGUGACAUACCAAAAUCUGUACCUGAACUAACUUUAGGCAUUGAACCUUUAUUCUAUUGUUCCUAUUGUGAAUAUAUGUAAAAAUAAUUUGAGGAUGGAUCCACCAAGUACCUGUUCGAUACCUUGAACAGAUUGCAAUGUCACGCCGCAUGAGUUGAUACCUCGAGUUGAUACCACUUAGCGUUUUUUUAAAAGACCUUAAGUCCAUGUUUUGGAAUUUAAAUGUUUUUACAAACAUUGUUUUAGAUGCCAAAAAUUAAUGAAAGUCAUGAAGUCUUUCGUCGUUUGUUAUUUGUUGAAAAUAUUUUAUUUAGCCUUAAGAUUGAUUUUAAAUGCCUAAUUAAUAACUCAUUCUUUUUAAUCGCUCUGCACUAGUGUUUUAAAGAGAAUGACCCCCUUUACACAGUCACUCUACCGCGCGGGGUUAACCUAUCACAAACUCGAAUUUCUUUUUUCCGGAAUAUACGUUUGUUCAAAUUUUCAUUGCCCCGAAAACCGAUCGAAUUAUUAACAAAACCGUUGGUCUUUCAGGAUAUGUUGGAUGUUUAUCGCACAGACACUAUUAGAUUCGGUUAGGUUAUGUUAAGUUAGAUUUAAAAGAAAAUAACAUUUACCUCUCAAAAUUACUUUCGAUGUUAAGAAAAUUCGAGCAAACGCUGUUUCGGUCUUAUGGCAGGUAACCUACCGUUCGUGAUCAGGAGUUGUUUAAAUUUUUUUACACUAACAUUGCUAGUGUACGUUUUUAUUACAAAGGAAAGAGCGUCCGUGUAAAGGCUAAUAGCGCAAGAUAGACCGCCUGAAACUGGCGUGUGUCGGAGUGUACACUGAUGAACACAACCGCGCGGUCUUUCCCUUAUCCUUCUAACGUCUUUACACGCAUUCUGAAGUGAAGAAUGCUGUAUCACGCGCGAUAGGGUGUGUAAAGCACGCUAAUGAUGUUCUAGAAGUACCUCCGUAAUCAAGUUGUUGUAUUCCAUCGCAAACAAAAAGGUUUGGUGGCAUCUUUUAAUUUGACACAAGGUGUAUAUAUUUAUAUGUCUGUAUAUGUUUCGUAUUUAUGUAAUAAGUAUAUAUUUAUUUUAAAGACAUCAACCUACUCUGUAUAAAUAUGUAACCCAAUCACUGUUUCAAAAUAAUAAAACUAAUAUAACUGCUCUAAUUACCUGUACUGUACAAUUUAGAAAUUUGUAAAUUA